AGCUUUUGUGGAGGCUGAUGGCAGCUAUCUUUUAGGCACUCUUAGAGUUAAGGUAUAAAAUCUACCAACAAAAAGAUUAAUUUUUGCAUAAGUUUUCAACAGAGCAGUUGGAACUUGGAAGGGAUAAAAAGGAAAUGAAGACUCCAAGGAGAUCGGCAUCUUCAUCAAAAUCAAUUCAAUGGCGGAGGUGGAUAAGAAGAAGCUGAAGCUGUAUUCCUUUUGGAUGAGCUCUUGCUCUUUCCGGGUUCGAAUUGCUCUCAACUUAAAAGGGCUUCAAUACCAAUAUAUACCUGUUGAUCUCCUCAAGGAAGAACAAUUAACUCCCGAAUUCACCGAGGUCAAUCCAACGGGAUAUGUACCGGCCCUGGUUGAUGGUGAUGUUGUGGUAUCCGACUCUUUAGCUAUUUUGAUGUAUCUAGAAGACAAGUACCCUCAACAUCCACUCCUACCAUCUAAUCUUCAUCAAAGAGCUAUCAAUUAUCAGGCUGCAAAUAUUGUUUCCUCAAGCAUUCAACCUCUUCAGCUAUUUGGACAUAAAUCUGUCAAGGAAAAAUUCGGUGCACAUGAGGAACUUUCUUUUAACAGAUACCAUAUUGGCAAAGGCUUUGAAGCAUUUGAGAAGCUUUUAAAAGACCAUGCAGGACGAUAUGCAACUGGAGAUGAAGUUUUCUUGGUUUGUUUCUUUUGCUCUUGUUUUUAGACCUUUAUAUUGUUCUGUUAUACAUGGUCAAAGCACUCAAGGUGCAUAUACUUUCCCUAAAAGAAGUUUUUGUGAAAUGGAGGUUGGAGUUUUAGUGUCACCUUCAAGCACUUUCGCUUCUUACCUUUUAAUUUCUUGCUGCAAACUGUGAUGUCCAGAUUAUACCCUGUUGUUUUUGGGGCCUAAACCUUGAUGUAGUUCUUUAUUCUCAAAUUAUGGGUCUAGGUUUUCUGAGAUAAAAUGGGCUAACCAUUGUCUUUAAUUUUUGGUAAAAUGAAUAUUUUAUUACCAAAAAAUUCUAUAGCCCUUAUCUUAAGGCUGCUACUUCAGUUCUAUAAAAUGAUUGAAAGAGACAAUGUGAUAUACCAAAGCACAUUAGGCCCAACCAUUGUCAAUGAUCAGUGUUUGAUAUGCUAUUCAUCGUGGUAUUGUUGUAAACUGCUUACCGUCUGAGUUGCUUUAGGCAAUGUUCUUUGAAAUUUCACUUAAACUGCUUACUGUCUGAGUUGCUUUAGGCAAUGUUCUUUGAAAUUUCACUUAAACUGCUUACUGUCUGAGUUGCUUUAGGCAAUGUUCUUUGAAAUUUCACUUCUAAUUAGACUAGAGGACAAGAGUUCUUGUGAUAUAUUUUAAUUUAUUGUGGAAAGCAUCAAACCUAAUAGUAACAGGCUAUCUUUUGCAGGCUGAUUUGUUUUUGGCACCACAGAUUUAUUCAGCAAUUAAGUGGUGUAACGUUGAUAUGGUAAUGCUUAUAAUUCCUUGAACUUCUUGCCAAUUUUACAUUCAAUUUGUGUUUGUUUGAAUGUAUACUUAGGCCAUUACGACAGAAGGGCUGACUUAUUGUUGGAGAUAUCUCUGAUUCUCUAUUUUUGUGCGCUGUGUCUUCAUCCUUUUAGAACAAACUUCUGAACUUUUA